UAUUCUAUGAAAUUGAUCCGUCAGACUUGAAGAGACGAAGCGGGUGCUUCUACGAAGCUCUUAAGAAUCAUGAGCUGAGGUAUGAUCUGGAUACGGUGCGUAGAUGGAGAAGGGCUUUGUCUGAAGUUGGAAAUAUUUCUGGCUGGGAUUCCAAAAGCAGGAAAGAGGACUCAGAGCUUAUACGGGUAGUAGUUCAAGAUCUUUCUGACAGAUUAUCCUCACAGUUAUCUGGCGGCACAAAUGGGUUGGUGGGGAUGAGUUAUCACAAGAAAGUCAUGGAAUCUUUCUUGUCAAUGGACUCCGGAGAUGUCCGAAUGGUAGGAGUCUGGGGUAUGGGUGGAAGAGGGAAAACCACCAUUGCAAAGUAUAUCUUUGAAGAAUUUUCUAGUCAUUUUGAUGCUCGUUGCUUGCUAGAAAACGUGAAAGGAGAUUUCAAACUAUAUGGUGAAUCACAUUUGCGAAAGGAAAUUAUGUCUGGAAUCUUCCCGAAGAGUCCCCUGAAUGCACGAUGUAUCAGCCCUGAUGCAAUGAAGCGAAGACUUCGUGGCAAGAAGGUUCUUCUCGUCCUCGAUGAUGUUGAUGACAUUCAACAACUGCGCGCAUUGGCUGGAAGCUGCGACUGGUUUGGACCAGGAAGCAGGGUCAUAAUAACUACACGAGACAAGCGUGUGUUGGAUGAGCAUGAUGUGCCACACAUUUAUGAAGUGAAGCCUCUGAGGACUACUCAAGCACUUCAGCUUUUCAGUGAGCAUGCCUUCAAAAUAAAUCGUCCACCAGAAGUAUUUAGAGAACUUUCUCUAGAUAUUGUUGAGCAACUGGGUGGUCUUCCGCUAGCGCUUCGAGUUAUUGGUGCAUCCCUAUAUCGCCGGGAAAAAGCAUUUUGGGAAGAUAAGCUGUUUAUACUGAAAAAUAGUCUUGAUAAAUCUAUCUCACUGGCGUUGAAAGUAAGUUAUGAUGCACUGGAUGAGCAUGAAAAGAUUGUUUUUCUUUAUGUUGCUGGUUGUUUCAAUGGGGAAUAUAGGGAUCAAGCGACAAUGAUACUAGACCCCUUUGUCAUUUCUUCUAGACCAAACCUUGUGACGCUGAUGGAGAAAUCUCUGAUUAGUAUGACAAAAGAUACGAGGCUGUGGGUUCAUGAUUUACUUCAAGACAUGGCUAAGGAUAUAAUUUGUGAAGGAAAAAAAGAAAAACCAUGGAAGCGUAAAAUGCUGUGGAAGUUUUUGGAUGUCAAAAGCUUGUUCACUGAAAAUAUGGGAACUGAAGACAUUGAGGUUGAAAUUAUAUUGCUCAACAUGGCUGAAGAAACAGAGCUUAACAUUAACCCUGCAGCGUUUAAGAGGAUGUUCAAUCUCAAAUUUCUUAAAAUACGUAAUAAUAACACUGUUGGAGGGAGUAAAGUGCACAUGGUUAACGACCUUGACUACCUCCCUCCACUGAGAUAUCUUCGAUGGGAGGCUUACACUCUAAAAUCGUUGCCUUAUCUCUUCCAGACUGAACAUCUAGUUGAACUAAACCUCCCUUAUAGUUCAGUUGAAACAUUAUGGAGCGGAACUCAGGACCUUCGAAGUCUAAGGCACAUGAACCUUAGUAGAUGCAAGCACCUGAUUAACAUUCCAGACCUUUCUAAAGCAAAGAGUCUUGAGAGUUUAUGUCUUAGUAACUGUGAGAGUUUGGUCGAGCUCCGUUCUUCUCUUUGGCAUCUCGAUAAGCUAGUUAAGUUGUGGAUGGCAAAUUGCACAAAACUGAAGAAUCUUCCGUGUAACAUCUACUUGAAGUCCCUCCAGAGUCUUUCUCUAGACGGAUGCACAAGUAUUGAAGAUUUUCCAUUUGUUUCCGAUAAUAUUGAGAACUUGGGACUGAUGGGGACAUCAAUUGAAGUAGUGCCAACAUGGAUCGACCGUCUCUCAAGGCUCAGACUUCUGCGGCUGUCCAAAUGCAAGAGACUGAAGAAUCUCCCAGACACCAUUGGGAGUUUGGAGUCACUAAGAACUCUCUGGCUUGGUUGCUGUCCCAACGUCACAGUUUUCCCGGUGCUUGGAAAUGGAAUAGAAAAACUGGGAUUGAAAGGAACAUCGAUAGAAGAAGUGCCCUCAACGAUAGGUGAUAAGCUGAAUCUCAUGUACCUUUGCUUGUCAGAGUGCCAGAGGCUAAAAAAUCUCCCUCACACGUUGAGCAACUUGAAAAACCUGAAGUUGCUUUAUCUCCGUGGCUGCACCAAUGUCACUGAGCGCCCACAUGUUGCAGGGGAUAUCAGAAGAUUGGAUUUAUAUGGGACAUCAAUAGAGAAUUAUGGCCCUCUCUCUGAAGAGGAAGCGCUUGAGUUGCGCAAUCGUGAUAUAGACUUCCUGAAGGCGUUUGUCACUCGGCAUGUCCGGAGAUACAAGAAAAACCAGAGUUCUAGAUAGGUGAUGAAUGCUCAAGGACUCGGAUUUGCGGUAGGAUGCUCAAUCUGGUUUUUCCCUUUAUGAAUGAUAGGAACAUAUUUACCUGAACAUGAAUUAGUUCAAUUAAUUCUGUUUGUUUCAUAUCCGUUUAUCCGAAUUGAGCAGCAGUUUGUGGGAUUUUGCUGAA